CAUUGAACAUCCUCUCAUCAAAAAAGCUGGCACCAGCCAAGGUAUAUAGGUGGACGAUAAACUUGGGGAAAGAAAGGAACUAGCCCAUCUCUGAGUGACUAUUGAAGUACAAAUUAGCUAUUCUUAGCUGCCGCAGAUAUUGAAAUUUUCAAUUUGGGCACUUCGAUAUAGCGAUGAGAGCGGCAUUGAUUCUCGUGGCCUUCCUGGGCAUAUUCUCUCAGUGCUCAUAUGGGUCCAUCACGGCAGAGGAGAAGCUUAUAAGAUGGAUCAGAAGAUGUGGUGGAACGGUUGAUCUUGAAAUCACAAACGUGAGUGAUGAGGGGCUCAGAGGAGCGGUGGCUGUCCGGGACAUGAACAAAAGUCAGAUCGCUGUUCACCUGCCUGCGCACAUAGCAGUUGAGCUUGGAGAGGGCCACGUCACAUCAGAGGAGAACACAGUAAAGCUUUUUAGAUUGAAAAAGGAGAAUUCAGCAUGGAACGAGUCAAUGCUGCCAUACUGGGAAUCCCUGCCACAAGCAGGGACCUCGAUGACAAAGCAAACAUAUCCUGCGGAGCCGCUAGAUCUCCUGCAAGACAGGAUCCUUGAAGCUUCGAUCGUUGUCCACAGCGCCUACACCAAGAAUGUAUAUGAUGGCGGCAAGCCAGCUCUGAUUGAGAGCUUCCAAGAGGAGUUCCCUGGCGUGAGCUACGUGGACUUCAGCCACAUAACAUCAGUGGUUGCUUCGUACGCGUUCUUGUUUCCGAAUGAGGAGGGCGUGGCCAAGAGGAUGCUGCUGCCUGUGAUGGACAUGCUCAACCAUGCAGACGGCACAGAGCACAAUCUGGAGAUCAUGCAGGCUGACAACGGGGACUUCUAUGCCUACACUCUGCGAGACAUUGAUAAGGGAGAAGAGUUGUUCCAUGAGUACAACACCGGUAUCAGGAGGAAUGAUCAGUCGCUUUUCCACUAUGGUUUCAUUCGCGAGCAUGACCCUCCAAGGCUGAUUGCGCAAGACCUGCCGGCAGGCAACCUGUAUGAGCCAGCAGCAUACUCUGAAGAAGACUAUGAGUUCGGGGGUAGGCUCGUGAACAAGGCUGAGUUGGCGCGCCUAGAGGCCAUUCUGAGCUCUUUCCCCACCACAGAAGCAGAGGAUGCCAAACUUCUUGAAGGGAAAAAUGGGGGCUGGGCAGGUCUUCUAGGGGGCCGAAGCAUCCAAACGCCAUUGGAACGCAUGUUUGUCAAGUACAGGAUGCUGCGGAAGCGGGCACUGACCGAGGUCAUCCAAAAACUGAAGGAUGCUCUUGUUAUCACCAAAGAACUUUGAAAAGCUAGCUAGUGUUGAGAUGCUACGGUUGAGUCGAUUGCAGAGGGCCAGCAGAAUUUUUUAGAUUAGACACAUGUACUGUCUUUGAUGUUGAUAUUCAGAAACUCAUGACCGUUUCCAAACAUAAAUGAUGAAAAGACACUUUGUGCUAAUUCGAUACUUAUCGCUGAAAGCAGUCUGCCGUGGUCCGAAUUCCUCCAUGGCCACGUAUAUAUUUAAAAGAAUUUGUUCUCC